CUGAGUACUGGAACUAUGCCGCGCGGCCGGCCUCGCAAACUGAGAGUUAAAAGCAACGACGAAACAGAUGCCGAUCCCGGGGAGGGGAAGGGGGAGAGCUUCAGCGAUGGAGAACUCAAGGAGAAGAAGUGCACCAUCUGCGGCCACAUCUUCACCACUGAGAGCCAGCUGCAGAGGCACCUCCGGGAGCACGAGGUCAACGACAAGCCUCAUCGUUGUGACCAGUGCUCUCAGACAUUCAACGUGGAGUUCAACCUCACGCUCCACCGGUCCACGCACGCCACCGUGGACUUCACCUGCCCCGUUUGCCACAAGCGCUUCUCGCGCAUCGCCAGCCUCAAGUCUCACAUCAUGCUGCACGAGAAGGAGGAGAAUUUGAUCUGCGUGGAGUGCGGCGACGAGUUCAUCCUCCAGAGUCAGCUGUCGCUGCACCUGGACGAGCACCGCACGGAGCUGUCGGGCGUCAAGGUGUACACGUGCAAGACCUGCGACAAGGAGUUCAAGACGUCCGCGCACCUCAAGGAGCACAUGAAGAGCCACGUCAAGAUGAGGCCGCUCAGCUCGAGCUCCCGGAACUACAAGAAGAACAUCGACCGCAGCGCCUUCCAGAACGGCUGCCACCACUGUGGCAAGGCUUUCAAGAAGCCCAGCCAGCUCGUCCGGCACAUCCGAAUACACACAGGUGAGAGGCCCUACAAGUGCCCGCGCUGCGGAAAGGCCUUCAACCAGAAGGUGGUGCUGCAGACCCACAUGGUGCGGCACACGGGAGAGAAGCCUCACCUCUGCAUGUUCUGCCCGGCGUCCUUCUCCCAGAAGGGGAACCUGCACUCGCACGUCCAGAGGGUUCACUCCGAGGCUAAAGGCGUGCCGCUGUUUCCAUGCAUGGACUGCAGCUGUGUGUUCAAGAAGUUGGGCAGUCUGAACGCCCACAUCAGCAAGAUGCACAUCUCUGUCAUUGAGCUGCCCUCAAGCACUUCGGAGAUGGAGGUGACGGGUCAGGCGCCCGAGGGCGUCGAGGCGGUGACGGAUGUCAUCCAGCAGCUCCUGGAGCUCUCGGAGCAGGUCAGCGGGGAGACGGACCAGCCCCAACCUCCGGAGCCGGCCGUCGCCAUGGAAACUGCCAUCAACCAGGACAUCCUGCAGCAAGCCCUGGAGAACAGCGGGCUGAGCGUGGUGCAGCCGCAGAGCGACGGCACGGCCAGAGAGUCCCACGACCAGAACCACGACGACGGCGCCGGAGAAAGCAAGAGAGCACAAGGUCCCGACAGGCCGGCCCGGGAGAAGAAAAGGAGCAUCUUCAAGAAACCCAUUCAAAUGCCAGGCUCCAUCCGGGAGGAGAACGGCGUCCGCUGGCACGGCUGCCCGUACUGCUCCAAGGAGUUCAAGAAGCCGAGCGACCUCGUGCGCCACAUCCGCAUCCACACCCACGAGAAGCCGUUCAAGUGCAAACAGUGCUUCCGGGCGUUCGCCGUCAAGAGCACGCUCACGGCGCACAUGAAGACGCACACGGGCAUCAAGGCCUUCGAGUGCCAGUGCUGCCUCAAGUGCUUCUCCACUUCCGGCAGCAUGAAGGUACACAUGCGUCUGCACACAGGUGUGCGUCCGUUCCCCUGCCCUCACUGUGACAAGAUCUUUCGUACGUCGGGCCACAGGAAAACACACAUCGCGUCUCACUUCAAAAGCUUGCAGCAGAAGAAGCACAAGUUCCCCCGCAAAACCAACAAAGCCAAAGUGUCCAAGAGUCACCUACCUCUGCCUGACAUCCCGCUGCAGGAACCCAUCCUCAUCACGGACUUCGGCCUCAUCCCAUCCCAGAACCAUCGCCUGGCUUUCCAACAAUACCUGGAGGUGGUGGGCAGCGACCGGCCGUACAAGUGCCAGUUCUGCAGUAAGGCCUACAAGAAGUCGAGCCACCUGAAACAGCAUGUGAGGUCUCAUACGGGAGAAAGGCCCUAUAAGUGUGUGCAGUGCAGUCGGGGUUUUGCCUCCUCGGGAGUCCUCAAGGCUCACAUCCGGACCCACUCGGGCCUGAAGGCGUACAAGUGCCUGAUGUGCGACACCACGUUCACCACCAGCGGCAGCUUGCGGCGCCACACGACCACCCACAGCGACCUGCGGCCUUACAUGUGCCCCUAUUGCCAGAAGACCUUCAAGUCAUCGCCCAACUGCAGGAAGCACAUGAAGACGCACAGGUAUGAACUGGCCCAACAGCUGCAGCCCCAGUCAACGGAUGACCCCUUAGGGGGGGGCACAGUGGACCAUGACAUGCAGGUGGAAAUAGAGGGAGAUUCCCUCCAGCAGCCACCUGCUACCUCAGAGGAGCAGCAGAGCAUGCUGGGACUGGGACAGCCGGAGGAUGUGAACGGAGGUCAACAAGUGUCAUUGGAGGCACCGCUGAAUGACCAACCCCUUGUCCAGGGAGACGAUUCGUACGUGACCGCUCAGCAUUCUUUGCCGGAGAAUAUCGGCCAGUUUGAGACGCAGGCGCUCAGCCAGCCCGCCUUCGACCAGCAGGCGCUAACACAAGGCUUCACCAUCACGGAGUCCAGCUACAGCCAGUCCCAGUUCUCCACCGUGCAGCAGCUGCAGGACUCCAGCACCCUGGAGUCCCAGGCCCUGUCCUCCAGCUACCACCCCCCCACCCUGCUCCACGUGGCCAGCGCAGAGGUGACCAAUGGGCUUCUUCAGCAGAGCAGUCAGGAUGAGCUCCAGCUGGCCUCUGAAGCGCAAGACUACCAGGACGACAGCGAGGACAACAGCAAGAGGGCCUACAGGUGCAAUUGGUGUAAUAAGGGCUUCAAGAAGUCCAGCCAUCUGAAGCAGCAUGUGCGCUCUCACACCGGGGAGAAACCCUACAGGUGUCACCUCUGUGGACGAGCCUUUGUGUCGGCUGGAGUGCUGAAGUCCCACCUCAACACGCACACAGGAGUGAAGCCCUUUAAGUGCAACGUCUGCGACGCCUCAUUCACCACCAACGGCAGCCUGAACCGCCACAUGAUCAUCCACAUCAAGUCCUUCAAAUGCUCGGUGUGCGACGGCAGCUUCAGGACCAGCCUGCUGUGUAAGAAGCACAUGAAGAAGGAGCACGCGGUGGAGGAUCAAAUCAUAGGUCUGGAUAGUCAAGACGUUGAGGAAGAGGAGGAGGACGAGGAGGAAGAGGAAGACGAAGACGACGAGGACGAGGACGCGGAGCUGAAGUCAAAGAGGAGGGGCUUGGAGAUCAUCACGUUCACCGAGGAGCAGACGGCGGAGCUGGCGAAGGACCCCGGCGAGGAGGCGUCGGUGUCGGAGCGGAUCCUCGCCCAGUCGGCGGCGGAGCGGGAUCGCAUCAGCGAGAUCAAGGACAAGGCCGUGGAGCUGGAGACGGAGCCCAAGUUCGCCAACUGCUGCAACUUCUGCCCCAAGAGCUUCAAGAAGCCCAGCGACCUCGUCAGGCACAUUCGCAUCCAUACGGGAGAAAGACCGUACAAGUGUGACGAAUGUGGGAAGAGUUUCACGGUGAAGUCCACGCUGGACUGCCACGUGAAGACGCACACAGGUCAGAAGCUCUUCAGCUGUCACAUGUGCAACACCUCCUUCUCCACCAAGGGCAGCCUGAAGGUGCACAUGCGCCUCCACACGGGCUCCAAGCCCUUCAAGUGUCCCUUCUGCGAGCUCCGCUUCAGAACCUCCGGCCACCGCAAGACCCACAUCCAGUGCCACUUCCGGCCGAGCCUCGACAGCCGCCGGUCCAAGCGGCUCGCCCUGUCCGCGGGUCAGGGUCACGACCCGGAGACGGGGCAGGCCCUGGGACUGGGCCAGGGGGGGCAGCAGCAGCAGGUGUCUUCAGACGUUCUCCAACCCGUGGGUCUGCUGCAGGCGUCCAGCUCCGACCCCAACAUCUACCUCCCGGCCAACCAGGUGCUGACGGGCCAGUUUGACCAGAGUCUGCUGCCCCCUGGACUGGUGGGACAGGCCUCCAUGUCAGCUGCAGGAGACCUGACGGUGUCUCUCCCCGAGGGCCUGACCACGCUGGAUGGGAUCCACCUGCAGCUGACGCCUGCCAGCCUGGUUUGCCCCAACGUCCAGAUCUCCGGCCUCGACACCAGCAACAUCAACAACAUCACGCUCCAGAUCGACCACGCCCUCCUCCAGCAGACCCUGCAGCAAGGCGGCCUCCUCUCUCAGCCCCUGACCGUCGACGCCGGCCUCAUCUCCCACUCGGGCAACCAGCUCCUGUCGGCCGCCGACCCCUCGGUGUCCGCCAACGUCGUCCUCCACCCGCUGACCAGCCUGGCCCUGCAGCCCUCCGCCAUCACGCCGACUCAGGUCACGAUGGCCGGCCUCUCUGAGCAGGACGUGGCAGGUUCUCAGGGCCUGAGCCACGUCAUUGGCAGCUCCGGACUGGUCACUGGAGGCCCCAGUGGACAGGAGAUCACCUUGACCAUCAACAAUUCCAGCCUGACUCAAGCCCUCGCCCAGGUCCAGGCCCACGCCUCCGCUGCUGGCGGCAACACCGCAGCAGGAAACCCUCAGGAGAUCACCCUCACCAUAUCAGGUCAGGAUCUGCUCCCGCAGCACGGCCACGCCAACGGGGCCGAGAUGACCGGCAGCCUCCGGCUGGCGUCGGCGCUCGCCGGCCAGCCCACCGGCGCCACCCUGACCAUCACCGACGGCCACCUCCUACCUCACUGCCCCGCCAACACCGGGAUGUCGGUCUCCAGCCUGCCGCCCAGCACCACCCUCUCGCACGCCGCUGUGUCCCAGAGCCUGGUGAUGUCACCGGGGGGCGUCGCCGGCGAGGACAGUGUGACUCUGACGCUGGCCGACGCCCAGGGGAUGCUGGACGGUGUCACGCUCAGCCUCAACGCGCAGGGUCAGACGUUCCCCGCGGUGCUGAAUGACCCGGGCCAGCAGGUCAUACUGAUCACCGACGUCGUCCACAAGGGGUCAAAGGCCGUCCAGGCGGAGGCCGACAGCCGUAACCAGUGCUACUACUGCAGCCUGCUGUGCCAGAACGCCAACACGCUGCGGCGCCACUGUCGCCAAGCGCACGGCAAGGACCGCUGCCACGUGUGCAGCCUGUGCAACAAGGCCUUCAAGAGAGCCACGCACCUGAAGGAACACGAGCGAGUGCACCAGCCGGGCCCGUCUCCCAGCUCCCAGAAGCCCCGGGUCUUCAGCUGCUCGUCGUGUGUGAAGGCCUUCGCCAAGCGCAGCCAGCUGGAGAGACACAACCGAACGCACACAGGCGAGCGGCCCUUCAAGUGCAGCCAGUGCGACAAGGCCUUCAACCAGAAGAGCGCCCUGCAGGUCCACAUGGUGAAGCACACGGGGAAGAAGCCCUUCAAGUGCGAGGUGUGCAGCAUCCGCUUCACCCAGAAGAGCAACAUGAAGCACCACAUGAAGAGGUCCCACGGCUACGGUCAGAUCCAGGACAUGUGCCUGGGCCAGGAGGACCCGGCGCACCAGGUCACCACCGAGCUGGACCUGGAAGUGGUUCCCGAGGCGUCGGGGGACUGGCACCACGUCUUCCCCUGACCACAGGGGACACUCUCCUCCGGCCUAAAAAAAAAGGGGCGUAGAGGGUUUGAGGACCGUCCGCCGAGGGGCUCCGCCUCCAGGGGCCCGUCGUCCUCAUCACCGGCGGCGUCGGCGGGGGUCCGGCUCCCCGCCAUCGGCUUCGUGAUUUAUCUGUUUCUGCCGCCGUUCCGAUUGCCUUCAGCCCCUCCUCCGGAGAGGUCUCCGGCUCGAUAAACACGGGCGUGCCCGGGGAAUCGCCUCACGCCGCCCCCGCUGGAGAGAGAGGAGAUUGCACUCGGCGAAAGAAACAAAAGUGCUCCUCGGAGACGAGCGUGCCGCUGCCGCUUCACGGAUGCUGAGGCCACGGGGAGGAAGAGGAGCGGCGAUCAGCUGGAAACACUCCAAUACCACGACGGUUUUGUUCAUGGGUCGACAGGAAAUGAGGUCACCUUUUUUUUUUAAAUAAAUGUGUACUGUUUAUAUUUAUUUUUGCAGUAAAUUGUAAUUACCGUAACAGUUGGUUACAUGUGUAUUUUUUUAUUAUUAAAAGUGGCCAAAGUGGUGUUCCAUGUUAAUAAUGAGAAGGUGAGAGGUCAGCGGGUCCCUGGAGGUUUUUCCACAUGUGAACGUUACGUUUUUGUCAUUUUUUUUGGUCAUAUUUUUGUCAUAAACCUCAAAACACCGACGUGUGUUUACUUCACUUCAUUCUGUAAAUAGUGUUCGUUAGAUUGCAUCUAUUUUCUGAUGAAUCGAGCCUAAUGUUCCCUUUGAAAUGAAGAGCGCCAAUGUACAGAAGAGCUUUUUUUUGCAGUUGUAUUUUCUAUUGUGAAUAAUUUAAGAUUAAAGUCAUUUUUGUACAAAUUUAA